AUGAUGAAAGAAGCUAUUGUGAGCCUGGGCCCGAAGGUCAAGAUUGUGGAUAGUCCGAUUCCGGAACCUGGGCCCGAGCAGGUCGUUAUCCAGGUGGUGGUUAGUGGGAGUAAUCCUAAGGACUGGAAAAUCCCCGAAUGGCUUAACGAAACGAUGAACACGGGCGACGACAUUGCGGGCUUCGUGCACAGCGUCGGCUCCAACGUCUGGGAGUUCAAACCUGGUGAUCGCGUCGCGAGCUUUCAUGAGAUGCGCACGCCGGGCGGCAGUUAUGCAGAGUAUGCCGUGGGCUGGCAGCAUACGACGUUUCAUAUUCCGAAGAAGACGAGCUUCGAAGAUGCAGCGACCAUCCCCCUCGCCGCCAUGACCGCCGCUCUCGGCCUACACAUCCGCCUGGGACUCCCCAUGCCCUUCAUCCCAGCCGCAGAGCCCAUCCCGCUCGUCAUCUACGGCGGCGCCUCGGCCGUCGGCGCCUACGCCAUCAAGCUCGCCUCGCACGCCGGCAUCCACCCCAUCAUCGCCGUCGCGGGCCGCGGCAUCCCCUUCGUAGAGACGCUGAUCGACCGCUCCAAAGGCGACACCAUCGUCGACUACCGCGGCGGCGACGCCGCCGUCGUGCAAGGCCUGAAAGACGCGCUGGGUGGCACACCGCUCCACCACGCCUUCGACGCCACCAGCGACCACAACUCGUACGUCAACAUUGCGAAGGUGCUAGAUCCGCAGGGGAAGAUGACGCUGGUGCUUCCCGGGAAGCAGUACGAGGGCGUUCCCGAGACGGUGCAGAAGAGCAUGACGAGUGUGGGCGAGGCGCAUAAGGGGAAUAAGGACUUUGCGUAUGUGUGGUUUAGGUAUAUGGCACGGGGGCUGGAUGAGGGCUGGUUUAUGCCGCAUCCGUGUGAGGUGGUGAAGGGGGGGUUGGAGGGCUUGGAGGGCGCGUUGACGAAUUUGAGGGAGGGCAGGGCGAGUGCGGUUAAGUAUGUUUUUAGGAUUGGGGAGACGCCGGGGGUUAAGGGCGCGCAGCUGUAG